UCAACUCGGGUCGGAGUGAGCGGGCCAGCUAGACCGCGUCGCCAAGCCAUGGUCCGUACCGGCCACGGCUCAGCCUGGGUCCCUCUGCUCCAGACCCGAGUGCCCAAAGCAGGCUUUUGUUUCAUGCCAGCAGCCUUCAACCGCCUUCCAAAAAUAAGCCCCUGCCGCCAUGCCGAGGGGAGAAAAACAAGAAGGGCGGUAUUUUUAGGGCCAUUAAUUCUGACCACGUGCCUGAGAGGCAAGGUGGAUGGCCCUGGGACAGAGGCUGGUCAUCACUAUGUCCCGGGGAGCAGGACGUCUGCCGGGCACGCUACGGGCUCUCAUCUUCCUCGGCGUCCUCGUGGGCAUGGUGGUGCCCUCUCCCGCGGGCUCCCGCGCCAACAGCACGCUGCUGGCUUCCAGGGGCUGGGGCACCCUGCUGUCCAGGUCUCGGGCUGGGCUGGCUGGAGAGAUUGCUGGCGUGAACUGGGAAAGCGGCUAUUUGGUGGGGAUCAAGCGGCAGCGGAGGCUCUACUGCAACGUGGGCAUCGGCUUCCACCUCCAGGUGCCCCCCGACGGCCGGAUCAGCGGCACCCACGAGGAGAACCCCUACAGCCUGCUGGAGAUUUCCACAGUGGAGCGAGGCGUGGUGAGUCUGUUUGGGGUGAAAAGUGCCCUCUUCGUUGCCAUGAACAGUAAAGGAAGAUUAUACACCACGCCCAGCUUCCAAGAGGAGUGCAGAUUCAGAGAGACCCUCCUGCCCAACAAUUACAACGCCUAUGAGUCAGACCUGUACCGAGGCACCUACAUCGCGCUGAGCAAAUACGGACGGGUGAAGCGGGGCAGCAAGGUGUCCCCGAUCAUGACCGUCACUCACUUCCUCCCCAGGAUAUAAGGACCCUGAAGGAAGGCUCACAGGUGGAAAGCAAUGUCUUUUCUGUUGGAAUUUUGCACAAGUGAACAAUUCCCCCCUCCUCCCAUGCCCCCUUAUUUGGGCUCCUUUUGUGCUUGGGGGGACCUGAGUCGGUUCCCUUGGCCACCGGACCCCAUGACAUGUGACCCACCCAAGUAAGGGGUUGCAGCCGGCAUCCUAGAAUGGCAAUGGAUCCCAUGCUCUGACCUCAUCUGAGGAAAGACGGUCCAGAGACACUUGGGGGAUGGGACCUUGGACACAGGAAAAGGCAGGGAGGAAGCAUGUGUGUGCUGAUGUAUAUCUCUACAUCCUGGUAUGUAUCGUCAGAACCAAGGCAUCUCGGAACAGCAGACUUCUUCCUCCCAGGGUCAUCGCUGCAGGAAUCUGCCUGCAGGAAUGCCACCUGUCAACCCAGCAGGAUUGACACGUGCUCCCAUUCUGCCUCUUUCCAAUCACCUUUCCAUUCAGAGGCCACUGACUG